CUUUUCCCUCCGCUCUCUGCCCGUUCCCUACUGAUUGAUCAAAAGAAACCCCCAGUAACUCCAUCAAUCACUCCUUCUCUCUAUUUCUCUUUAUGUCACAAUGCAAGACUUCUUGGGAUCAGUUAGGAGAUCAAUAGUAUUCCGUACACCCUCACAAGAUCAUAAUCCCAAUCAAGAAACCAAUUACUGCAGUCCAAACAAUCCAUUAACAACAACAUUAGUUGACAAAUUAAAUAACUGCGUUCGUAAAUCAAGAAUCUUUAACAAACCCACUUCUCCGUCUUCCCUUCCAAUGCCUCCUCCGAUCCGGUAUCGUAAAGGGGAGUUGAUUGGUUGUGGUGCAUUUGGCCAUGUUUAUAUGGGCAUGAAUCUUGAUUCUGGAGAGCUUUUAGCGAUAAAGCAGGUUUUGAUUGCAGCUAAUGGAGCUACAAGAGAGAGAGCUCAGGCUCACAUCAGAGAGCUUGAGGAAGAAGUGAAGCUUCUACAGAAUCUCUCCCAUCCUAACAUUGUUAGAUAUUUGGGUACAGUUAGGGAGGAGGAAACCUUAAAUAUUUUGCUUGAAUUUGUCCCGGGUGGAUCAAUAUCAUCUCUUUUGGGGAAAUUUGGAUCCUUCCCUGAGCCAGUUAUAAGAGCCUAUACCAAGCAAUUAUUGCUGGGGUUGGAGUAUUUACAUAACAAUGGAAUUAUGCACAGAGACAUCAAGGGAGCAAACAUUCUUGUAGAUAAUAAAGGGUGCAUUAAACUUGCAGAUUUUGGUGCAUCAAAACAGGUCGUUGAGCUGGCAACUGUUUCAGGGGCCAAAUCGAUGAAGGGCACGCCAUACUGGAUGGCUCCUGAAGUCAUUCUGCAGACGGGGCAUGGCUUCUCUGCUGAUAUAUGGAGUGUUGGAUGCACAGUCAUUGAGAUGGCAACUGGAAAGCCUCCUUGGAGCCAACAAUACCAAGAGGUUGCUGCACUCUUUUAUAUAGGGUCGACGAAGUCUCAUCCGGAAAUCCCUGGGCAUCUCACUCCAGAGGCCAAAGAUUUUCUGCUCAAGUGCUUGCACAAGGAACCAAAUAUGAGGCCAGAGGCAUCUCAAUUGCUGCAGCAUCCAUUUGUUACUGGGGAGAUGGGCACAUCUGAUCAUGUUAUUCAUAGUCCAGUCAUGGAACACUCUGGAAUUCCUUUGCAGUUAUACACCACUAACCCUGAAACCAUUCAAAUGCCAUCUGCCCAUGACUCAAUGGAUGUCUGUAAUUUGGGUAGUCUAGGCUGCUCAAUUGAUCUGAAGAAACUGUCUGAAUGUAAGGAUGCAUGGGAAAUACCGAACAGCAAUGAUGACAUGUGUCUGAUAAGCCAUGAUUUUUCUAUAGAUGAAAUAAAGCUCAAUUCUCGUUUGAGUUCUAAUGACUUCAAUAAGAGUUCUGAUCCCAAAUGCGAGUUGUCUGGAGAGUGGAGGUGCAAAUUUGAUGAGAGUCCAGAAUUGGAACAAGCAGGAAGCAAAGUGGACACUGGUAAACCUGUUCAAGUGGACCAAAAUAUUUCAUUUUCCUGUGGGGCAUCGCUUUCUGAGGAUGAUGAGGAACUUACUGAGUCAAAAAUUAAAGCUUUUCUUGGUGAAAAGGCUUUAGAACUGAAGAAACUGCAAACACCUUUAUAUGAAGAGUUCUAUAACAGUUUGAAUGCAUCUUUCUCUCCAAAUUUUGGUGGAAGUUCACGUGAUGAAACUCCUCCAAAUUACUUGAAAUUACCUCCUAAAAGCAAGUCACCCAGUCGGAUCCCAGUUGGAAGUCCAUCCACAGCAUCUGAUGCUGUUAGUACUGGAAGUCCUGGGAGUAAUAGACGUGCAUCUAAUGUUGGCAAUGCAAGUGAUGAAGCUUCAGAGGACAAUUCAUCCCCUCGGAGCAAUGACUGGAAAGGGCUUCAAGUUGAUGGUCAGCCAGAAACAAGUAGCCCAAGUGUGAGCUUUUCUGAGAGACAAAGGAAGUGGAAAGAAGAGCUCGACCAAGAGCUUGAGAGAAAGAGAGAGAUGAUGCGCCAAGCAGCCGUGGGAAGUAAGACAUCGUCCCCCAAGGAUAGAGCCUUGGGUCGGCAGAGAGAGCGGACAAGAUUUGCAUCUCCAAGCAAAUGAUUGCUUGCCUAGGCGGAUUCCAUGUUUCCCCUUAAGAGCUUGAAUGCAAGGCUUGCAGUUUCAUUAGGAGUGGUAAAAAUAUGGCUCGGUGUGGAAGGUUUGCCAGAUGUGUGAAUACUGCAGCAAUUUUCUCAUUGUUCAGCCUGAAUGGUCUUUGUUAUAUUUGUACCAUAUAGAGAGCACCGUUGAAAAGAGUGGUAAUGUUUGGAGAUAAUUUUUGUUUCUCCUACUUUUUGAGGGUGGAGAUACAUGCCUCUCAGGUUUGUAACAUCAGUAUACAAUAAUCAUAUUGAGUGAAAUAUUCAUAAGCUUCUGCAAUUUUGCAACAC